GGGGAGUCAGGUGAAAGCUGAGUGGAAGCCAGGCCAGGGCAUCGUAGAGCUGCAGUCCCCUGCGGGGAAGUUCUGGCACACCAUGGGGUUCACAGUGCAUGGCAAACAGUGCCUGCUGCCUGAGGAAGCUCUGUACCUGCUGGAGUGCGGCUCUGUUCAGCUCUUUUACAGAGAUCUGCCCUUGUCAAUCCAGGAAGCCUACGAGAUUCUGCUGUCCCAGGAGGCAAUGAGUCUGCCACAUUACCAGGUGUUCAGCCACUUGAAGCAACUGGGUUAUGUUGUACUGAGAUUCGACCCCAGCACUGUCCUGUCUCCCUAUGAGAGGCAACUGAACCUGGAAAGUCACUGCCAGAGCUCUGGGAAGCACCAUCGUAAAAGGAGGAGGAGUUCCAGCCCCCGGUCACAGGAGAAGAAACAUAAGGUAUCUGAGGACCUUUCAGAAGCUGAAGGGACCUCUGAAAAAGCUGGAGAUGACUGCAGAGAUUCCAGCUGUCUUCCCAUGGAUGAAAAGCCCUUGUCAGAGCAGCCAAAGGAAUCGGAUGCUGACAGUAGUGAGGGGAAAUCAAGCACAUUUCCUCUUGAUACUGGACAAAAGGACUCACUCAGCCCCUCAAGGAGCCAGGCUAGAGACCACAAGGAGAGCAGCACUGGCACCUGUGCACCCCACUGGGAUUUUACUGCUAUCAUUUUCCCAAACGUGGCUCCAGACCAGCCGUGCACACAUCUGCCCCCACCUGACAAUGAUCUCCUUCCAGAGAAUGUACCAGGCAGGGAGGUUGAUGCAGCUUGCUGGUGUCCACGCAUCAAUCAGAAACAGGAGAAGCUGUCACGGAAGGAAAGGGAGCAGCGAGAGAGGGAGAGCAGGUACAAGAGCAGUGUCAAUGCUGACCGGGAGGUGAGGCGCUGCUCCAACUGGCAGGAGUACAAAGCCCUUUUGGAGCAGAGGAGGCAGCAGAGGAUUUGGAGACGACCGCCGCAUCUCUGGGACCAAGCUGUCACACCGCUUUUGCAGCCAGAUAAAGCUACCUCAACAGCUGCGCUCCUCCAGCAGAUCAGCGUGCUGCAGCCCUCCCACAUCCUGGAUGGAGCCUCCCGGCUGCAGGAGGACCCAGAGGACAUGAAGAUAGACUUCAAUGUGUAUCAAGCAGAUGCUGUGGCCAAGUUUAAGAAGACAAACCCUGGGAAGCCACAUGUCAGGAUGUGUGUUCGGAGCUUUGACGAGCAGAUUCCAUCUCUUCGGGCUUUGAAGCAGGUUACGUAUCAGAGUGGGGACAUCCCGGUGGUCUUUGCGCUGGUGGAUCAUGGAGAAAUUGCCUUUUAUUCGCUAAAGGAAUUCAAGCUGCCGGUUGAUGUUAAUCAUUGA